AUGCGCCAGGAUGUGCAGCCAACCAGCGUCCUCCCCGCGUCCAUGUGCAGUGCUUCCUCUCUCGGGCGUCUGUCAGCCAACCGUUGGCAGCACGCGACAGAGGAAGAGGAAGAGGAAGAAGGAAGGGAAGAAGUUGAUAAGAAGCCUCCCUCCUCUACACACUCGACAUGCACAUAUACACCACACACGAGAAUGCCAAAACCACGGAUGCCGCUGACACCGGCGUCGUCGACCGAUAUCGCGGCGAUGGACAAGGCCUCGCUGGCGCCCGUGGACGAGCUGUUCGCCCUCCCGCCAGCAGCCAUCCACCAUCAUCAACAGCAUCAACCGCCAUCGCCAGCAUCGCCAGAGGUGGCAGACUCGCGCCUGCGCCAGCGGUCGACCAAGCGACAGGCCGAGUUCAGUCUCCCUCCACCGCCCACACGCACCCGCAAGAUCAUCCAGGUCAAGCCCAAGACGGCCGCCGUGCCCUCCUCGCCCAGCAAGAGAGAGGAAGACGAAGACGAAGACGAAGAGGAGAUACCGGCCGGCGGCAAGAAGAGAGCCAGCGCAGCCACGGCGGCGGGGAGGAAGAUCGCUCGACGCACCGCUCACAGUCUCAUCGAGCGCCGGCGACGGUCCAAGAUGAACCAGGAGUUUGCGACCCUCAAGGACAUGAUUCCCGCCUGCAGAGGGCAUGAGAUGCACAAACUUGCCAUCCUACAGGCGAGCAUAGAGUACGUGAACUACCUGGAAAGCUGCGUCAAGGACCUCAAGGCCGCCAACCGCGACGACACGCCGACUUCUCCAGCCUGGCAGCCCUCCAUCCCCUUCAACGCCAGUGAGAGCACAUACUCCGUCUCCCCGGACAUCGAUCCCCUGUCCACUUCCACCAUGCCCUCGCCCGCCCAGAGUGCGAGAGACUGUUCCUCCCGGGCCUCGUUUGAGAUCAUACCCAUGGUCCUGCCCUCUCCCGCCUUGCAGCCCGCCAGACACCCGCAGCACGCCCACGUACGCACAUACAGCAUGUCCACCUCAACCACCACCUCGCCUCUGCUCGUGCCGCAGCAGCAGUCGAGCCAGCAGGGUCAGCAGGGUCAGCAGGGUCAGCAAGGCCAGCAGAGUCCGGAUGAGGUGGCGGUUCAGGAUACGGAUAUGGACCGCGAAGCUACCACGGCCCUGCUCAUGCUCACUAAUGAUAGACGCCACUCGAAUACCAUGCCCUCCCCGACCAUCUGGCCCAGAGCGAAGAGGAAGAUGGGCAUGAGUGUUCAUGACCUCCUCACCCAUUGA